GAGCCAUGGAGAGAGCAUGAUUUACUGAACAACCCAUGGAACUCCAAGACCAACCCUUGGACUCUGCUGUCAUUUCUGCUGCUGACUCCCUGGGUGAUUGGGAACAAGUUCUUUGACCUUUCUGGGCCUCAUUUUCUCCAUCUACAAACUGGCAUACCUACGGCUUCAAACCUACCAUGGAGCCAGGACACAUAGAGAACCUCUCCAUUCUCUACCAGAGCUCAGACUUCAUCGUGGUCAACAAACAUUGGGACCUCCGCAUUGAUAGCAAGAUGUGGUAUGAGACCUUGACUCUGCAGAGUCAGCUGAAACAUCACUUCCCAGAGCUGGCUGAUCCUGACACCUACUAUGGCUUCAGGUUCUGUCACCAGCUGGAUUUCUCCACCAGCGGAGCGCUCUGUGUGGCUUUGAACAAGGCAGCAGCUGGCAGGGCCUACAAGUGCUUCAAGGAGCGGCAAGUCACCAAAGCCUACCUUGCCCUGGUUCGAGGCCAUGUCCAAGAGAGCAGAAUGACCAUCAACCAUGCCAUUGGAAAGAAUACUACAGAAGGCUUGACCCAUAUGAUGUGCAUUGAAGGGACAGAAGGAUGUGAGAAUGCCAAACCAUGCUUGACGGAACUGACGGUCCUGGAACGUGGUUUGUAUGAUGGUGACCCAGUAUCCAAAGUCCUUCUCCAGCCCCUCACAGGCCGGACCCAUCAGCUGCGAGUACACUGCAGCAGCAGCGGGCAUCCCAUCGUGGGCGACUUCACCUAUAGCUUCAAGAAGGACAUCCGCCCAUUCCGCAUGAUGCUCCAUGCCUUCUAUCUUCGUAUCCCCACGUGCGGGGAGCUCAUCGAGGUGAGCACCCCCGACCCCUUCGUGCCCACCCUGGAUGCUAACUGGCAGCCCCAACACCAGGUCCAACCUCUGGAGCACGUCAUCCAUACCCUGAAGAUUGCCGCCGCCGCUGCGGAUCUCUCUCCUGGGGAGACAUCGCCUCCGCCCCUGGGCGGCCAGGAUGGGAGCACCCCAAAGGGCAGGGCCAAGGAGUCUGCAGAGCAGAGGGCCAGGUGCCAGCAGUGGCUGGCAGAAUGGACGGCAGAACCAGAGAACUGA